CUUUAAUAAAACUGCAACAGUCUGCUCGGAAUAUCUUCCUAGGUAAAAUGUUGUAAAUAAUACAAGCUUCAUAAUAAUCUUCCGAUCAACUCUACUGCAAUGAAGACUCUUAGAAGAACACGGGACGUCUUCGAAAUCGAGAGAAACAUAGUUGUAGAACCAGAAGUCAGAAAUUUAAUGUUGGAUCUUGAAGACUGGUUCAGUCUAAUAGUAAAAUCUGAGAAUAUACUGAGUUGGAAAAACCCUCGAUCAACAUUGCUUGUGAUAUUUGCAAUCACUAGUUUGUUUCUGUUGGUUCACGUGUACGAACCACCGGUCCUGUUGGUUAUUGGUUGUUCAGGAUUGCUUUUAAGCUUAAUAGACUACUUCGGACCCUUAGUUUUGUCUAGAGUGUUCAAUAAACCUCCAAGUUACGAGGAUCACUGGUGUUAUUGGAAUUUUUGUAGACGUCUUGUCCACAUGCGUCAUGUACUGAUCAACUUCUUUGUUUUUGUGCAUAAAGUUCGAUAUAGAAACGCGACUCUACAUUUCCUAACUAGUUCAUCUCUUUUGUGCAUAGUUGGAUUUGUUGGACUACAUAUUAGUGAUUUGUGUCUGGUUUAUCUCUUAAUACUCGUUUGCUUUAUCGCACCAAAUCUGCAUCCUAAAGGAAUACUAAAGCAUGCCUAAAAGCUUCUGUUUGCACUUGAUGAUUAGUUAAGUGGUUAUUUACUAACCAGUCAGACACAUCAUAAGCUCACUUAAUUGUUAACAAAAAACCAGAUCAUCCUGAUAAGUACGUUCACAAGACUCAACUAAAGUAUCACAACAUGCAUUGGUCGUAACGAAAUCUACUCACCAUACAUGAUAACUGAAUUGCCUUGUAUCUCAAAGUAAAACCAUAUCGUAAAUACUUAUGUGAUAAAAAUCAAUCUAUGUAGACGCACAUUUGAGUCUUGUGUUCUACUUAUAUGGUGAGCAUGAUUUUUGAAUAAAGAUAGUGAAUUAUUACCGAUUAGUGAAUGUGCGAUUAAUACAUACACGGCGUUAGUACACAACCAUUAUGAGCAGUGAGCGUUUUUUCUGCCAAUGAAGAAAUUAUACAGUACCUGGUGUCAGUAUUGCUGAAUUAGCCCCCAAAUGCCCUGUUACGGCUGAGGGUUGGGAUAGUCUGCUAUCCCUGGCUAAAUGAUCAUAUAUGGUCAGGCGUAUACAGCCACUACCAGUGAAGUCGUACUCACUACAUCCUCGCGGCACCGAAAAGCGAAUGGCCGGUGCUUAACCUGGGUUGGUGGACACGGAAAGUUUACCUAGCGAAGUUGGGAAACCUUGAUCGCGAACCAGUGAUGCACACGGGCUCCAGUAUCCUGAGGGGACAAAUGCCGUAUGAACCAAUUGUUGACCACCGGCUACUAUAGGACUCCAUCUAUUGGCGUUGCUCCAUUGCCUUGUGGAUCAUAUUUCUAGAACGAGGUCUCCGGGUGUGGUCCCGUAAGAAAACCACCUGCUUCGGUCUGGGCACCCGUGCACUAUCGUGGUCCACACACAAAUCAAGUGACUUGUGU